GGGCAGAUCUCGCGCGAGGUAGACGGAGGAAGACGAGAUCGGAGGGAAGGACGCCGCGGGCAAGAUGGCGGCCGCAGCCAGAGCAGCUUCCUCCAGUCACCGCUUCUGACUGUGGAAUAAAAGCCGCUUCUCGAAAACGAAGAACAAAAAAAAAAAAAGCCCUGAGAAAUAAUUGUGAUUUAUGUAAAAAAAAAACCACACAGGUGAAUUGCUUGUGAAGAAAAAUCAAAUAAGGAAGAAAAAUGAGUGGUGGAUUAGCACCAAGCAAAAGCACAGUAUAUGUUUCCAAUUUGCCAUUUUCACUAACUAACAGUGACCUGCACAAGAUUUUUACCAAGUAUGGCACAGUUGUUAAAGUAACAGUGCUGAGGGACAAGGAAACUAGAAAAAGUAAAGGUGUGGCAUUUGUACUUUUCCUGGACAGAGAGUCAGCAUACAACUGCACAAGAGCACUUAACAACAAGCAACUGUUUGGCAGAAUGGUGAAGGCAAGCAUUGCAGUUGACAACGGAAGAGCUUCUGAGUUUAUUAGAAGAAAGAAUUACACUGACAAAUCCAGAUGUUAUGAAUGUGGAGAUUCUGGACACUUAAGUUACGCUUGCCCAAAAAACAUGCUUGGAGAACGAGAGCCUCCCAAAAAGAAAGAGAAAAAGAGAAAGAAGAAAACGACCGAACCAGAGGAAAUUGAAGAGGAGGAAGAGGAAAGUGAAGAUGAAGGAGAAGACCCUGCCCUUGAUAGCCUGAGCCAAGCUAUUGCUUUCCAGCAAGCAAAAAUUGAAGAGGAGGAAGUUAGACGUCAACAGACUGCUGAUGACACAGGGGAAUCGUCAGCGUCCGAUCUAUCAAGGCGCCCCCGGAUAAAGAAGAGCGCCUAUUUCAGUGAUGAAGAAGAGCUGAGUGACUAGAAAUUGGGAUCUGAGCAAUGGAAAGCACCAUUGCUCGUAAAAGGAAUCCAACCUGGAGAUCUGAUACCAGAAAAGCAGGUUAGGUUUAUUUAGGUUACUGCCUUGAAGCUCCUAUGGAGGACGAACAAUAUUUACAACAAAUUGGAUGCAUUUGUUUGUUUCUAUUUUUGCAAAUUGGAAGUGCAUUUCUUCAUAAAACUAUUUAAUAGACUUUGCUGUACAAGGCUCUUCUAUUAAUAGACCGUGCUGUGCACUCUUUUUCCCUACCCACACACACAUACAACACACACACAGCUUUGCAGGCCCACCACAGAUGGGAGAGAGGGCUGUGGACCACACACAGCAAGAAUCUUGACCCUUUGUCUGCUGGAAAUUUUGCCGAUUCAACAGACCUCUCUCAAUGUGUCAUUCAUGUUACUAAUUGGUUAAAGAAAACCUCAUUGCCAUGAGUCACAGAUGCAUAAGUUAGUCUUGUGCACAUUCAUUUAGAAAACAAGAUGCUUGUUUUCAUUCCCUUGGAAUUCUCUUCUUGAAACUGUUUACGCAAUUUAAAUAAAAUGUAAUUAUUUCA